AACAGCUGGCCUACCAACUCUCCCAUAUUGAUCUAAAAUCUUCAAAUCCUACCAAGUUGAGAGAGCUCAACUGAGAAUCAUAGAGAGCUGGAGAGAGCAUGUUGGCUCACAUCUGUAGACUAGGUUGCAAUAGCUGUAGUUCAGCCAGAACAGUGCAAAACGCAGAGAGAGGUUUGCACAGCUUGUAAUGUUCGGAGUUGCCGCUAGGGUGUGCUGAAGUAGUGUGGCGGCUUGACAGUUGCUCCGGACAGCUAGAAGCGGACUCACACACAUGUAAACAAUUCCAGAUUGUACUUUGCAGUGAGUGUGUGUGUGUGUGACGAUUUAGAUUCAAAACCCGGAGAAUAAAAUGGUUCAAAAAGUUAUAUUUACCAUUGACAAGUGAUGUAGAAACAGUGACAGUAACUAGUAAGCCCCCUGAAGGCCUAAAUUAGGAAAGUCGAAGGAAUUUAAGAAUUCUGAAAUUCGUUCUAAUCACUCCAAUUAGAGCGAAUUCUCUGUCUAAAUCAGUUUCGAGGUUGCGUGAAUCUCUAAGCUAGUCCCUGACUCUACGCAGCAUGUAUGGAGAGAGAGAAAGAUAUCCGAGUUCAAGUACAGAUGAUCACUCCAGUAGUGAGGAUAUACCGAGGAGGGGUUUAGCUAGGAGAAGAAGAGGAAACCUUCCUAAGGAUUCCAUCAAGGUAUUGAAAAAAUGGCUGUAUGAUCACCGAUACAAUGCGUACCCUAAUGACGCAGAAAAAGUCUCCCUGGCUAAAGAGGCUGGCCUCACUGUACUCCAGGUUUGCAACUGGUUCAUCAAUGCACGCCGUAGGAUUCUUCCGGAGAUAAUCAGGAGAGAAGGAAACGAUCCUCAGAGAUUUACUAUAUCCAGGAGAGGAACUAGAGUUAGGUCCCCCCGUCUACCUAAGUGGGAUGGAAGUUCUCGCGAAGCUGAGGAGAGUAUAACUAUAUAUAGAGCUGAGGAUUCAGGACCAGAUUUCUCAGAUGACGAGCUAGAGUACAAAGAUGUUAAGUGUCUGUCUAAGCAGAGGUAUGACAGUGGAGAGUCUGGUGUGUUCUCAACCAGCUCCAGUUGUCCCUGUGGUUGCAGUAAAGAUGACUCCUUCUCCUCCCUCUAUAUACCUCAAUCCUAUAUAACUGCUAGGCUGACCGAAGUAGCGAGAAGAGACCUCACCUCAAAGAAGGUUCUCUCCUCUGAGGCUAGCGGAAUAUCCUCAGAUCCAGAUGGAUCAUGUAGCAUGGAGGUCGGGAAAGACGAAGACCAGCCUCUGGACAUGUCGAGGACAAGCAGUACUAUUCACCAUAAGCGGGAGCCGGAGGACGAACAGAAGCUCUUAUUCUCCGGCCUCCACCUUCUUGUUACAGCUGUGGGGAUACUAGAGAGACGAGCGCAAACCCGUCCCGUCCUUGCUUAAUUAGGACUUGGAGAACUUAAGCUUAUAGAAUAUUCGAACAGGGAACCUGGCUCAAAUUCUUGACGACUCGAUUCAGUUUUCUUGAUGUUGAAUCUGGUCGAGUAUCUGGGAAGAAAGUAGAGAACCCCGCUCCCUAAAGACCUUUGUAUAUGCGCCGUGUUACCUGAAAAUCUUGAGAAAAUGUUUCCAAAAGACAAUUCAGAUAAUCUUAGGUAUCGUCAGUCUUCCCUAUUUAUAUAUAGGCCAGUCCAUAUAUUGAAAAUUUAUGUUACCUUGCGACCUUUUUGAGUUACCAAUCUAUAGGUUCUUGUCAGUCUCUUGUAGAUAUUGCUAUCUAUUGCUUAAAAACUAAAUCCUUUUCCCAAUUCUAUGUUUCCCGUUCUCCAUUAUUUUUAGUUUCGCUUAAACUUUAUUCUCCGAUUUAAUUGAUACUCUUUUUAAAUUCCUUUCCAGUGGUGCCCCCCCCCCCCCCAUGUUGUUUCAUGUGAUCAGAUGUUACCAAAUAUAUUAAAAUUCUAUAUUAAAAAAGUAAAAUUA